AUGGCAGAGAGCAGUUCACCGAGAAAAAAGAAUGUCGAACUAUCAAGGAAAAGACCUGAUGGAAAGGAAAAAUCUAGUAGUAGUGCUGCACCAUCAGGGUCGUUAAAGACAGUCUUGAAUCAGUCAGAUUGGAAAGAUAUGUUAUUGAUGAUACUUGGAUCAAUAGGGAGUCUCGCAGAUGGAUCUGCCAUGGCUUUAAUGAUGCUGAUUGUCAGCAGUCUCAUGAACAGUUAUGGUGAUGCUUCUUUCACUCUUAAAGAUGUAAACAAGUUUUCGUUGGCAUUUAUUUAUGUGGCUGUUGGUGUCGGGUCAGGCGCCUUUCUCGAAGGAUUCUGUUGGGCACGUACAGCAGAAAGGCAAACUUUUCGAAUACGGAGGCAAUAUUUACAAGCUGUGUUAUGGCAGGAUGUUGGCUUCUUUGAUACAAAUCAUGGUGCAUCCAUUGCAUCUCAAGUGGUGUCCAGUAUUUCAACUGACACACUCACCAUACAAGGAGUUCUUACUGAAAAGAUUGCAAAUUUCAUUACGAACACAACAUUGUUCGUUACGGCCCAACUUGCUGCUUUAUACCUCAGCUGGAGGCUGGCUAUAGUGGCUAUCCCCGCGUUAUCAAUGUUAGUAGUUGCGGGAUUCGUAUACGCAAAGCUUCUAGGUGAUGUUGGAAACAAGAUUCAAGCAGCCUAUGAAGUUGCAGGAGGAAUAGUGGAGCAAGCAGUGUCAUCAAUCAGGACUGUUUAUUCCUAUGUUGGAGAGGAAAGGACUGUCAAGGCCUACAAGAUUUCUUUAGAACCAACUUUAAAGCAUGGGAUAAAACAAGGAUUGAUGAAAGGUAUGGCCAUCGGUACUAUUGGUGUUACAUUUGCAGUGUGGGCACUUCAGGGCUGGUAUGGAAGUACUCUGGUCAUGCAUAAGAAAGCAAAAGGGGGAGACGUUUUUACUGCUGGAGUUUGCAUUGUAUAUGGAGGACUGGGUCUAGGAGGUGCUCUAAUCAAUAUCAAGUACUUCAUAGGGGCAAAUAUUGCAGCUUCUCGGAUUUUUGAGAUGAUUCAUAGAGUUGUGGACAUUGACUCUGCAAAAGAACUAGGCAAGAUCAUGUCAGAAGUUAAAGGUGAAGUGGAAUUCAGAAACAUAGAUUUUGAGUAUCCUUCAAGACCAGGGAGCUUGGUAUUAAGCAAGUUUAAUCUCAAAGUGAUGGCUUGCCAGACUGUUGGGUUGGUUGGCAGAAGUGGAUCAGGAAAAUCAACAGUAAUAAAUUUGCUUGAGAAAUUCUAUGAACCUCUUAGGGGCCAUAUCCUGCUAGAUGGUGUUGACAUAAAGACCCUUCAGCUCAAAUGGUUGAGAAGUCAAAUGGGCCUGGUAAACCAGGAACCUAUACUUUUUGCAACCUCAAUCAAACAAAACAUCUGUUUUGGAAAAGAGGAGGCUUCAAUGGAAGAGGUCAUGGAAGCCGCUAAAGCUGCUAAUGCCCACAACUUCAUCUGUCAACUACCUGAAGGAUAUAACACCUUGGUGGGACAAUUGGGAAGUCAAUUGUCUGAAGGCCAGAAACAAAGGAUUUCCAUCGCAAGGGCACUGUUAAGGGAUCCAAGAAUCCUUCUUCUUGAUGAAGCAACAAGUGCGCUGGAUUCUCAUUCUGAGAAAGCUGUCCAAGAUGCUUUGAAUCAAGCCUCAAUAGGAAGAACUACCAUUAUUGUUGCGCACCGCCUAUCUGCUCUUCGCAAUGCGGACUUGAUUGCUGUAAUUCAAUCAGGAAAAUUGGUGGAAUCAGGCUCCCAUGAGCAACUUAUGCAAAACUUGAGUGGUCCAUACUCAAUAAUGGUGCAGCUACAGAAAAACUUCAUAGACGAUGAAGUUACAUCAAAAGCUCAAGAUACUGGAUCUAGCAGCUCUGUUGUUCUUGAUACAGGAAUUGCUAAUGCAGAACAAAAGGAUGAUACAAGUCUCUCACAAAGCUUUAGCGAUGAGAAGAAAACCAACCAGCAGCAAGAUGAUAAUUACAGUUCCCCUUCACUAUGGCAGUUAAUGAGCAUGGCAGCACCUGAGUGGAAGCCAACCCUGAUAGGUUUCAUUGCUGCUCUUGCCUGUGGACUAAUUCAGCCAUUGCACUCAUUGUGCAUGGCUGCACUUCUAGCAGUUUACUUCACUACUGAUCACAACGAGCUAAGGUCGCAAACAAGAAUUUAUUGCUUUGCAUUUUUAGCCUUCGCUGUUUUUGCUUUCCUGACCAAUGUGAUUCAGCAUUACUAUUUUGGGAUAAUGGGAGAGAGCUUGACAAAAAGAGUCAGGGAGGCACUUUUUGAAAAAAUCUUAACAUACGAGAUCGAGUGGUUCGAUCAAGAAAACAACAGCAGCGGAGCCGUAUGUUCAAGAUUAGCCACAGAUGCCACGAUGGUGAGAACUCUUGUUGCUGAUCGCUUGUCAAUGCUGGCUCAAGCAAUUUCUUCUGCAACUUUGGCUGUUGUUUUAGGUUUGAUAUUGUCAUGGAAACUUGCGCUUGUAGCUAUUUCUCUGCAACCCUGUAUCAUUGCUGCCUUCUACAUUAGUACAACGACAAUGCAGACAAUGUCUAAGAAAAUCCUCAAAGCACAGAACGAGAGCAGUGAAUUAGCAAGCGAAGCCGUUGUGAACCACAGAAUUAUUACAGCAUUCUGUUUUCAGGAGAAAGUUCUAAAGCUAUUUGAGCUUACACAGGUAAGUUCCAAGAAAGAAAGCCAUAGGCAGUCUUGGUAUGCAGGAUUUGGAUUGUUUCUCUCGCAGUUCAUUACAGGUGCCAUUCCGGCUCUAACUUUCUGGUAUGGUGGAAGGUUAUUAUACCAUAAAGAGAUCACUUACAAGCACCUUUUCCAAACAUUUUUAAUCCUGGUGACAACAGGAAGACUUAUAGCUGAGACAGGAACCAUAACUGCAGACCUAUCAAAAGGUACCAGUGCACUGGAAUCAGUUUUCAGGAUUCUGAAAAGGAGGACCAAAAUAGACCCUGAGCAUUCAGAUGGUAUCAAACCAGAAAAGAUCAAUGGGGAAAUAGAGUUUAAGCAAGUUCAUUUCUUCUACCCAAAUAGACCAAAACAAAUGAUCCUGACAGGCGUAAACCUACAAAUUGAUGCUGCAAAGGUUGCUGCAAUAGUUGGAAGAAGCGGGUCUGGAAAGUCCACCAUCAUUAAAUUGAUUGAGAGAUUCUACGACACAUCAAGUGGUUCCAUCGACGUUGAUUCAAUCAACAUCAAAAGUUAUAACCUGCGGGCCUUAAGGUCGCAUAUCGCAUUGGUAAGCCAGGAACCUACUCUUUUCGCAGGAACAAUCCGCGACAACAUUGCAUAUGCAAAGGAGAACGCAACAGAAGCAGAAAUAAUCGAAGCAGCAACUAUUGCAAAUGCUCAUGAUUUUAUCAGCUCCAUGGAGGAUGGAUAUGAGACCUACUGCGGCGAAAGAGGUGUGCAACUAUCAGGAGGACAAAAGCAAAGGAUAGCUUUGGCACGAGCAAUCUUAAAAAAUCCUACAAUAUUGCUUUUAGAUGAAGCAACAAGUUCAUUGGAUGUGAAUUCAGAGAAACUUGUGCAGAACGCAUUAGAGAGGACCAUGACUGGCAGGACAUGCCUGGUUGUAGCUCAUAGACUAUCUACCAUCCAAAAAGCUGAUAAAAUUGCUGUGAUUGACCAAGGAAGGAUCAUAGAAGAGGGCAAUCAUUUUGAGCUAAUAAAUAAAGGAGAAAUGGGUGCAUACUACUCACUUGUAAAACUCCAACAACUUUCUGCCAUGUGA